AUGACAAUGAAUAUUGGCACGAAAAAAGCCACUAUUUUAAAAGUCAUUUUAGACGUAUACAAAUGUGUUAAUAAUGGCAAAAAACAUAAUAAUUUAUGUUUCUUUAAGAUAGAAAUAACUCAUUUACCUUUAAGUCCUGAUGCUACUUAUGAUGCUGAUACGAUUAACAGCAGAAUAUUUAUUGGUGAAUCUUACGACAAUGAUUUUUGUUAUCGAUUCUUUAGAAAAAAAGAUCUCAAAAAAUUAUAUGAGCUUUUCUUGGAGCAAGUUAUACCUCUCACUAAGAAAAUUAUAGACAUCUCUUACUAUCCUAAUGAUAAAAGAUUAUAUAAUAAAUUAAAUAGCCAUUUUUUUGUUAUCACUGAUCCAUCUAUCCAAGAAAUAAUCGAUGAUAAUUAUAAGUUUUUUGUUGGUAAUAAUGAUAUUAUUCCCGAAAGGCAUUGUAUUUGCAAGCACAUUUGGCAGAUCUUUUUAUGGUAUUUGGCCUGGUCUACAGGAAAUAAUAAUAAUUAG